AUGACUCAUACACUUUUGCUGUGCUGCUUGGUGUUUCUUUUGCCCACAGAGUCCUGUAGGACAUUAUGCCAGGCUGCCAACAAAAGCAAAGAGAAGGUGUCUGCCAGGCCACACGGUGUAUGCGAUGGUAUCUGUAUGGACAAUUCCUACUGUACUCAACCUUGUCCUCCAGACACUCAGGGAACUAUGGGGUUUUCAUGCAGGAAAAAGAAAUGGUACAAGAUCACGGAUACCUGCCGGACUCUUAAUGCCUUCAACAUCUUUGAGGAGGAUUCAUAUACGGUUGAAUCAUUUGGAGGAGGUGUAAGAAUACAUGAACAUACUGGAAAGCCUGAGACCAUAACAGAUAUGUUGUUGGAAAAGUGUCCAAGAGAUUUGUCUUGUGUAAUUAGAAACAUUCAGCAGUCUCCCCGGAUACCAGGAAACAUCGCUGUCAUUGUGCAGCUGCUACACAACAUAUCGAUGGCGCUAUUGACAGAUGUGGAUGAGGCAAAGAUGCAGAGUUACAGCACCAUGGCCAACCACAUUCUUAACAGCAAAAGCAUCUCAAACUGGACCUUCAUUCCUGACAGAAACAGCAGCUGUGUCCUGCUACACUCAGUCAAUUCGUUUGCAAGAAAGCUAUUCAUAAGUAAACAUCCCAUUGACAUAUCAGAUGUCUUCAUUCAUACCAUGGGCACCACCGUAUCUGGAGACAACACAGGAAAAAAUUUCACUUUUUCAAUGAGAGUUAAUGAUAACGGCAAUGAAGUCACUGGGAGGGUGCUGAUCAGUAGAGAUGAACUUCGGAAGGUGCCUUCCCCUUCUCAGGUCAUCAGUAUUGCAUUUCCAACCCUUGGGGCCAUUUUGGAAGCCAGUCUUUUGGAAAACGUUACUGUGAAUGGGCUUGUCCUGUCUGUCAUUUUGCCCAAAGAACUUAAAAAAAUCUCAUUGAUUUUUGAAAAGAUCAGCAAGUCAGAGGAGAGGAGGACGCAGUGUGCUGGUUGGCACUCCAUGGAGAGCAGAUGGGACCAACAGGCCUGUGAAAUGAUUCAAGAAAACCCCCAGCAAGCUGUUUGCAAAUGUAGGCCAAGCAAGUUUUUCACCUCUUUCUCCAUUCUUAUGUCACCCCACAUCUUGGAGAGCCCAAUCCUGACCUAUAUCACAUAUGUAGGCCUGGGCAUUUCUAUUUGCAGUUUGAUACUUUGCUUGUCCAUUGAGGCUUUAGUUUGGGGCCAAGUGACAAAGACGGAGAUCUCAUACUUACGCCAUGUGUGCAUUGCAAACGUUGCGGCCACCUUGCUGAUGGCUGACGUGUGGUUCAUCGUGGCUUCCUUUCUUAGUGGUCCAGUGACACACCACAAAGGAUGUGUGGCAGCGACAUUUUUUGUUCAUUACUUUUACCUUACUGUGUUUUUCUGGAUGCUUGCCAAGGCACUCCUUAUCCUCUACGGAAUCCUGGUUGUUUUCCAUACAUUGCCUAAGUCAGUCCUGGUGUCAGCUCUCUUUUCAGUGGGCUACGGAUGCCCUUUGGUCAUUGCUGUUGUUACAGUUGCUGCCACUGAGCCUGGCAAGGGCUACCUACAGCCUGAGGCCUGCUGGCUCAACUGGGACAUGACCAAGGCCCUCCUGGCCUUUGUGGUCCCAGCUCUGGCCAUCGUGGUAGUAAACCUGAUCACGGUCACACUGGUGAUCGUCAAAACCCAGCGAGCUGCCAUCGGCAGUUCCAUGUUCCAGGAAGUGAGAGCCAUUGUGAGAAUCAGUAAGAACAUUGCCAUCCUCACACCACUGCUGGGACUGACCUGGGGAUUUGGGAUAGCCACGGUCAUCGAUGGUAGCUCCCUGGCCUUCCACAUUACCUUCUCCCUGCUCAAUGCAUUUCAGGUAAGUCCAGAUGCGUCUCACUUCUCCAGAGUGAGAGAACCUGUGGAUAGGUUUUAUGAUCAGAAACUUGUGGCAUUAGAUUUCUAUAUAAAAGACAAUAGAUUUGGAAUAGCAUAUUGUGUAAGGAAAUAA